UCUCACUACCCAGAGUUCACUGAGAACAAAGGGACCUUUCACAGCAGCUUACCUGUGUCAUGUUCAAGAUUGUGGCUUAGCUAGUCCCUCAAAAGGAAAGGUUUACAUUGUUCUCACUGGGUACAGCAUGCUAUGGAUUUAAUCAAAUAUGUAAAACCUUGAUUUCUUUUCCUCUUUAGAAACAUGUCAUUUUCACCAAGGAUAGUUGGUAGUAUAGAUAUAUUGUAAAGUGUAUUUAUAUACUGUACUGUACUGUAGUCUCUUCUCAGAGCACUUUACAAUCUCUACAGCAGGUUAUUGUGUUUAAAAUAUUGGUAAAAUAGACCAAGUUAAGUUGAUCAUUAGUUUUCAUGAAUGAUUUUGCAUGAUGACGAUGAUGAUUUUAUACUCGUCUAAUGUAUUUGUUAAGUGAUAAGUGAUUUGUUUUAAUCGUUUAAAGCCAAUCAGUAAAUGUUGGACAAAGGGUUUAUUGGGCACCAAAUGCUUUUAAUAACCUUGCCUGCCACAGUACUCCCUGUCUGGGCUGUGUUGAUGGGCCGGACUCAUGCAGCUAGCACACUUCCAGUCCAGCAGCUAAGCAAACAGGCUAUGUGAUUUCACACGGAGGGGCCUCCGUCUCUGGACCGUCAUUGGUCAGGACAGGCUUGAAAGCCUCCAUUGAGCCAGUCAGGAGGAAUUUGGGGUACUAAUGGCACUCUCAGGAGGAGGACUUUCCGUGAGUCUGGUAAACAACUGACAGCUCACUUUGCGAGCUCUGCCCUCCUCUUCUCUCUGGUUUCUGCAGCACGUCACUGUGUUGAACUACACUGAGUAACAAGACCACAGACCACUUUGAUAGUAUUCCACUGAUCAAUCAUGCCUUUGGUGAACUUGUUUGGAUCAAAGGGGAGGUGGGUGCUGAGCGCUCUCCUUAUUUGUGCCGUAAUCUUCGAGUUAGCUUAUUGUCAGAAAGACACCCAAGAACAGAGGACCACUCCAGGAAGGAAGUCCAAGCCCAGCAAACCCAAACUUGGGAAAUCAACAAAUAAAGUGCCCAGAGUUGUAACAGCCAAACCCAAGCUGAAAGCCACACCUGCAGCCCCGGCACAGAAUGUCCUCACACAGGUGCUAAACAGAGGGAAGUUUAAGAAGGUGGGAGAAACUUUAAGUGUGCAGACAGGAGACACCUUGGAGCUGAGGUGCAGGGGCAAACCUGUGCAGUGGAGCGUCCCAAAGUACCUGGAGGAGGAUGAUGAUGGAAGGCUCAGGAUUGUCCAACACAAGCGAUAUGGCGUUCUGACAUUAGUCAACACUACUGGUGUAGACACAGGGGAGUACACCUGUUAUCCAAUGUACUGUGAAGACACAGACUGCAGGAAGGAGUAUGACAAAGCCGCCAAAGUCUUUGUAUUCUUUCCCGAUCCACAAGAAUUAUUCGUUCCGUCAUCUGACUACUACAAGGCGAUUCAGCUGAGAACCAACUGGCCGACGCUCCUCCCCUGCCAGGUGACGUCACCUGAGGCUAAAGUGACUCUGCAUCGCGAGUUUCCACCAGUGGAGGUGGCGGUGGACGGGAAGGAGAUCUCGUUUAACGUCAAGAGGGGCUUCACCAUUCAUCGACCCCGGCCUCAUCAUGCUGGAGCCCUGUUCUGUGUCGCCAGUCUGGGCAACCUGAGGCAGAGCUCCACCAAGUACAUGCUCAUCUAUGUUAACUACCCCAUGGCUCCUCCUGCUCCAGUAAUCCAGGCCUCAUCAAGCUCGAUGGCUGUGGGGGAGAAUCUGCGUGUCAGCUGCUCCGUGGUGGGCGAACAGGACGUGGUCGUGGAGAUCACCUGGGAAUACCCAGGACAGCAGAUUGGGAGGCCUCUGUACACACAGGAGAGCAUCAGUCCCAUCGGUGGAGGAGCGGCUCGACAGCAGUCUCAGUCUGUCCUCCUGGUGGACGAGGUGAGGGACGUGGACCAGGGAGCAUACACCUGCACCGCCCAGAACCUGCAAGGAGCCAAAUCAGUGUCCACCACUGUUAAAGUGGUCCCCAAAGCCAAACCUAAGAAACCGUAAACCAUCAGAGAAGGUGGAGAUCAGGGGAAGCAUUUUGCUCUGCCACAGUAUUAAACAGUAUUCUAAUCAGUCACAUAUGAAUAUCUGAGUACAACUAAAUAUCAUCUCCUUCUGUCGUGACUCGUGAAAACACACUGCAACAUCACAAUUAUAACAGAGAUAUGGUUGUUUAGAUAUGAAUGUACUGUAUGUAAAUUGCUGUGCAUUACAGUGUGGUCAAAGUUCUCAACACAUAUCGCUGUCUGUCUUUUUUUCUACUUUUCUUAUUGUGCAUGACCUCGCCAAACAUGAGGGCAGUUGUGAUGAUAUUAUCAUAAGAUGGUUUAUUUUUCCUUGAGUGAGAUAUUGUUUCCAUAAAAAUGUUUGAUGUUUCAUUUCUCAAUUUUGUGAUGUUUCGUGACAUUUAUUUAGUAAUAAUUAAAAUGAUAAUUGUUGACAUUAGAUUUUGAUGAUCAUAAUUGUUUUUCAUGAAUAACUUAAUCUCAUCAUUUUGACAUUUCAGAAUUUUGACGAUUACAUUGAUAGAGAAAUGUACAGAAAAAUGUAGACCUAAAAUAAUUAAUCAGCAACAAUUCUUUUCUCCAUUUACAGUACAGCUUUUUGUAAUUUGAAUAUCUUUGUUGCACACUGUUGGACAAAAUACAUUUGAUGACCCUUUGAGCUCUUGGAAAUUGUGGUUUACAUUUUUCACUAUUUUGUGACUGAACAGCUAAUCAAGAAAAUUGAAAUUGAAAAUAAUUGUUGCAGCCUAACAGAAAUGUGAACGAUAUUUACCCUGAGAAGGAUACUGUAAAUGGUUGUAUUAGUCUGUCAACAAUGUAUUGUUGGGCCCCUAUUGACCUCCAACCCUCUGUUUAUUAUCACCAAAAUAAUAAUCAUAUACAGUGUGCAGAUCACACUCCACAGGACAGCUCUUAUUUGAAAUAACACUAACAAAUAGAUAAUGCACCUGGUCCCAAGUUGUUUUUUGUGCGUCUCAGUUAGUUUGUGAUACAACUUUAAUUAGGAAUAUGCACAAUAUGAACCAAAAUAAUAGUAGAGACAGGGACUCUGUAGCCACGAGCUAGUCUUUGACCAUAAACCUUAACAACAAUGCCACCCCCUUUUGUUUAAAAUGGGAGACACUAGGUGACUUUAAUCUAAAAACACAGGUUACCACAGUGAAGUUGUGAGUGUGUUGUCAAGCAUCAAUUAAGAAACCUGUUUCCUUUCAUACUUUUUUUAUUCUUAAGGAGCACUGCUAAACAACUACAAUGCCCAGCUGUUUUGGGAAAUUACUGACCCUUUUCUAAAAGAAAAAAAAAUACUCGUGACUAGUGACAUCUUUUCAAAGAUUUAAAAAGCUGAGAGCCACAGACAGCUUAGGCAAGGUGGAAAGUAUUGAGACUAAAACAUAGUUGGUUUUGGUCUUUUCAUUAUAUUGCUUCACAGUAAGAAAAAUAUAAUAAUGUUUUUUUUGCUGUAAACACAAUUGUUUUCCCUGAAAUCCCGUUUGUGUUUUCCCUAACGUUGUUUUUUCUGAUUGAUUAUGCUCUGAUUUGUCCCAGUUGUACUUUGCACCUCGAGGCCAUGUGUUUCUCCCAUAUUUAAAAAGACAAAAGCACAAAUAAAUA